CUGCCACUACUUAUUUUUAGAAUGACAAAGAAGAAACAUGUGAAGGGGAUAACAACAUCUUCUGCCGAAGCUGGUGAGCAGGAAAGUAUGAAAAAGAAGAAACCUGUGAAAACGAUAAAAACUUCGUCUGCCGAAGCCGGUGAGCAGCAAAGGAUGUCGAAAAGGACAACUCGAUCAUCUGCUGAAACUAGUGAAGCAGAAAGAAUAGUGAAGAAGAGAAAAACAAAGAAAUCUGAUCCAAAAGUUGCUGAUGGAUAAAGUGUGAUAGUGCAACGAAGCAAGAAAGAUGAAGAUGUACUAAUAAAGUCAAAGAAAGAAGUGAAAGUUGUUGUAAAACGUCAAAGGAUUUGCAAAAAUCAUUUUUGAUUUUGAAAAGGGACUUCAAUGUGAUAGUAGCUAAACACAUUGAUAGAGUUCAAGAAAUCAAAAAGAGUAGUCCUAAAACUGUUGAAGCAGAGAUUGCACCUGAACCAUCUUGUCCUAAAGCAAAUGCACCAGAGAUUGCACCUGAACCAUCUAGUCAUGAAACUGGAGAACCAGAGAAUGCACCAUCUCCAUCUCCACCUCCACCUCCACCUCCAUCUCAAGCUCCAUCUGAAUUUGAUAUGUUUAGUAUGGACUUCUGGACUGAUGAAGUUCUUAGGGAAGUCGAAGAUAUUGUUUCCAAUUUUACGGCAGUGAACAAGGAGAAAAUCUUAAAGAAUGACUAUCCAAGAUUUAAUGAAAUUCCUUCAUGAUCACAACCAAGAGAGGAGCAGGAACAAGUUGGAGAAGGAUUAGAGAAUUUGCAUGUUUGUGAUACUGUCAUUCUAUCGACUGAUAUCAUGAAAGGCAAGCAAAAUGUGGAGGAAGAGAAGAAAAAUUUGCAAGUUGACAGCAGUUUGGAUGGUUCCCCUAUUUAUCUUGGUCUAUCUGAUAGGAUGAAUGAGCAUGAUAGUGGGAUUGAAAAUGUGGAAGUUAUUGGAAAGCAAGAUGCUGAGGUAAAUAUCAAUGUUGACAAGAUACUGCAAAAGCUUGAGAGGCCAAUGAAGGAAAUUUAUGAGAUUCCUUCUUUUAAGCUUUGGAGUCAAACAUCUUCAUUGGGAGAUGAUGAAGCCGAAAAGGAGAAAGGGGAUUGUCUUGAGAAGCAGAUUGAAGUUGAAGAUCCAAAGAAUAAAGAAAAAGUGAAAAGCAUUGAAAAGUGCAGUGAGGAUCAAUUUAAAAGUCCUGGAGUUCAAAUCUCUGAAGAUGUGACAGUUCAUUACAGGUUUGAUAAGGUCAAUGCAGUUGAGAAUGUCGCCAUUAUUGAUCCUAUGAAAUGGAACUCUGAUUCUGAUUGGAUCAUUGAAAAACCAUCAUUCAAGAGUAGAAUCAUAAUGAACAAUGCAAAGUAUUGGAAGGACAUGUCUAGGCGACAGAAAGACAUUGCUGAUUUUUGCUUUCAUGAGCAUCGACUUAUGAACACGAGCAACGUAUUCAAACAUGAUCUUCACUGUUGGAGGUUUGUUGUGGACUUCAAUGGCAUUAGGUCAUUGAAUGAGGGUGUAUUCAUUGACACUAUUGUCAUUGAUGCUUGGGCUUUGAUCUUGAACAAGUCUGUUCAGUAUCAUAAUGCACAGAAUUCAUAUUUGACUCGGAAAUUCUAUUUCAACACUCAACAUUCAUCUUACCUUCAAGGUAUGUUGCGUGCCACUGAUCCUGCCGUUAUUGAUAGAAUGGGAUACAAUGCAAGAAGUUGUUGGCAUUUUUCAAUGAAGCAAAUAUAUGCUUCAGCUUAAUGACUUGAAGAAUAUUCAAUUCUUUUUUAUCCCAAUCUGUGUCAAUAACCACUUCAUAGCGGUUGUCGUUAAUUUUGAACUUCGGAAAAUUCAGUACCUCGACAAUAUUCUUGGCAAUUGUGAAGAAGAUUCUGAUGUUUGGAAGCUGUUGGAUAUUGUGAAAAAUCAAUUCUCUAUAUUCCUGUUAGAUAUGGAACAUCCCAAAGCUCUGGAUAUGGAAAAUUUUCCAAUUGAAGAUGUACCUUUUGAUUGGAAAAGUGCGAAGACAAACAUCGAUUGUGGUGUCUUCCUUAUGCAUCAUAUGGAAUUCUUCAAUGGGUAUCCAUAUAUAUCUCCUAAUCUUUUACAGGGACCUCAAAGAAGAAAACUAAGGGCAGAAUAUUGUUCAAGAAUCAUUCUCAUGAGAUUCUUAGUGAGAUUUUCAAAUUUGCAAAAAGGAAAAAGUGAUUAUGAAACUUGGAGUUCUGAAACUUGGGAUUCUGAAUAUUGUUUUUUGUGUUUUGGUAAAUAUUAAUCUGUACAACUUGGGAGUCUGAAUAUGAAUCUGUAGAGUCUGAUGUGAGUAUGGAUUCGUAGUAUUGAUUUUAUGUGAUUAGGUAUCAUUUUGCAUAUUUAUCUGCAGAAUUUGGUGUUCAUAUGUUGAUUUGGUUAACUAGAUGUUGGUAUGAAUUGGUACUAAAUUGCGGUUCUUAUGAAAUAUUUUUUAAUA